AUGACAUGUGACACUGAUGAAGACGAUAGCUCCAUCAAACUCGAUAUACGUUGUUUAGAGAUUAAUGAUGGUGGACCUUGGAAACGAUUUUUCGAAGAAGGGCUAGGUGCGCUCUUAGCCGACAAGCACUUUUUGCUUCUAUAUGUGCCUAAAGAUGGAGCCAAAAUGCGAAUCAUACGACCUGCUACUGAUCCAUACCAUCGACAACGGAUGAUCAAGAGGGUCAACGGGGCUGAAUCCAUUCCAUCUUUUUACUAUGCGUUGUCGCAUCUUUGGGGUAUCUCAAAAGAAAAUCGACACUUUUGGGAGGAAAUUGGCGACUACGUGGAUGAUACGGAUGGACAACCUGCAGCUCCUGUUUCGAUGCGACCUGAAAAACGCGCCACAUUACUUGCACUACUCAAGGCACAUCCCGAUAGUUAUUGGUGGAUUGACGUUUUAUGUGCACGUACGGAUACACCCUUGGACAUUAUGGGUGAUAUUUACUCCUGUUGUCUUGAAUGUGUUGCCAUGAUUGAUUGUGAGCCAAGUCUGCUAUCAAAAUUUCAUACUGAGAAGAAUACGAGGGAGAAGCUCUAUGACUAUGAUAUGUAUAAAAGGCCAAGUCCAGAAUUCCUCGUGCGUGGCAAACAUUUGUACGCCAAAUAUCCUCAGCUGGUUGCACAGGUGUAUCAUUUGCAGCAAAGUGCAUGGUGGAAGCGCGUUUGGACUUGGCAAGAGAUGGCUCUACCUUAUGGAGUUGUGCGACUUAUGGCUGAAACUGAUGAUCAUCACUUUCAAACCAACACGACUACAAUGGAUGAUCUAAUUAACAGCUUUAAAAACCUAUUUGAUGUCUAUUACUAUCUUAAUGCAACAAGCGACAAUGAAGACAGGCAACAUAUAGCGGAAAAGAUCAAAUUUAUGAUUGAGAUAUACAAUGCUAGAACUUUCAGCAAACAUCGUUUCAGAAAGAAGAGCCCAGCAAGACUUGGAUCCUUGCUCUCCUCACUGUCUUACUCCAGUAGGCGCUGCAUGGAUCCCGUUGAUUAUGUCUACGGCGUGCUUGGCAUGCUCCAGUUAAAAAUUCCAAGGAUGAGCGAUCCAAAUGCAGUUUGGCAAAGACUCAUGUCUGAGCUUGAGAAGUAUAUAGAGGCUAUGGAGGAUAACCAAAUCGAGGUCAACGGCGUACACUGCAAAGUCAUUGGGUUCGAUGAUCGCGCAUACCUGGUAGAUUUGCGGGAAGCAGUAGCUAUGUCUGAUGUGUACGACAAAUUAAAGUUUGUGGAAUCCGCUAUCGUGGUAGAGAAUGAAUAA